AGUUUACAGUCCAUAUGGAAACAAAAGCAUCGACUCUUGAAUUCCCCCCUCUACAUAAUCAAGUGGUGUAACUCGUGAUCAAGAACGUGUUCCAGUUGAGGGGAGCAUGUGAAUUGACAAACUUGCCUUCAGACUCUGAAACAGUAAACAUGAGAAAAUGAAAAUCGCCACAUUUAAAUCUGCCCAUGAUCUUAGAAUUCGAAGAGACUGUUCACUGUGGGGAGAUGGAGUGGGCCAUGUCCGUCUGAAAUUUGCCAGGUGACGCUUGAAAAUGUCCUGGAUCGCACGCCAAAGUUGAGGCUCUCUCCCUCCUCUCUGUCUCUCUCCGUGUAUGGCACAGUUUAGACAGGCUUGUAUGGUCUGAAUCUAACUCUGGAGUAAUUCCGUCGUCUGCGAGAUUUGAUGGUUCGCGUAAUGGAAGGAAAGGAGCCGCAGAGGUUGGUGGUGGCCAAGCCCGUAGCUACCAGGCCAUCCGGCUUCCGGUUUCGCUCCUUCUCUCCUCCUUCGAGGCUGUCGUCGGAGGUGGCGACCACCGUCGCCAUUAGGCCGAAGACGGUGAGGUUGAAGCCCUCCACAACCUUCCUGCUUGCUGACGUUCAGAAAUCACCGGUGGCAGAAAGUGCAGCAGCAGCCCGGGGCCCCUGUUCCUCUGAUGCCAAGGUUUUGAGGAGUGAGAAGAGGCAUAGUGUUGUUUACAGAUCAUUGGCAAAACUCGUUUCCGAAACCUCUGCUUCUCGUCAAGCUGAACUGGGGAGCUUGGACCGGAAGUAUCGACCACCAGCUUACUGUGCUGCUCCUAAAGUAACUCAGACGAAGUUGGGAAAAGGACUACCGACUGCAUCUCCAAACGCCGCGACACAGAACACUAACUUGACGAGCACGGGCUUGCACUCUGCAUCUGACGUUCAUCGACCUUCAUUUGAUGGUUACACUUGGCGAAAGUAUGGAAAGAAACAAGUGAAAGGAAGUGAGUAUUCACGGAACUACUAUAAAUGCACGUCUCUAGCUUGCCCAGUCAAGAAGAAGGUGGAGAGAUCUCUUGGUGGGCAGGUAGCAGAAAUUGUCUACAGUGGCGAACACAAUCAUCCGAAACCCAAGCAGGUUUCAAUGCAGGGUCAAGGACAAAUUCGCGAAUCUGAGCGAGACAGUGGCCAGGGUCGUGGAUAUCCUCACGGCCAGAGAAAUAAUGGCAAAGUAGAUGCACAUGAUGAAGAAUUUUCACUGGUAAAUCUUCGUCGUAGUCGAGGAAAAGUGGUUUUAGCUCACGAUAAUGGCAAUAGAGUUGACACUGCAAGCCAUGAGAACUCGUGUGGGCUCGGUGAUGAAUGCAAGGAACCUCUCGGCAAGCGAAGGUAAUUUGCUUGAGCGUGUGCGAACUUGGGAUGGUAGCAAACAUGAAUCAUACGGCUGCCAACAUAGUAUGUGACUUGAUGUUUUAUUGGCUUGAUUAAACUUGUGACCUUAUAUUCUUCA